AUGCGUCUGCUCAGUCUUCCCGCGCCGCUCCUUGCCAUCGCACUUUCUGCUCUCUUCAGGGCCUCAGACUGUCGUCCUCUCGUCGCCGAUCAGCAAGAACCAAAAGAAGACCAGCAGCUGGGCAGGUUUCACGCCGCCCUCCGGCCACUCCAGCCGAGGGCGAGCUACUCGAUCGUGCCCAUCGACGGCGGCAGCCCGGCCACGACAGAAGAGCUGGGCACCACCACCACCGUCGUGCGGACCGUCACCUCGUCGCCGACAGAAAUCCCCGAGGUCACCGUCACCACGACCACCUCAAAAGAAAGCACAACCACCGUCACCAAGACGGACAUCUCGGUGGUGGCCCCCGAGGCGCCGACCACAGUCACCGCCACGGCUCCUGUUACCAUCGUCACCACACACACCCGCGCCGCCCAGCUCAGCUGCAUCCGAGACAGCGACGAGCUCUAUCACAAGCACCUCGGAGACGACCCCGAGUGCCGCACCUACCACCACCAUUACCGCUACCACCGCCCAGACAUCCUCGACCCUCACAUCCUCCUCCUGCUCGACUUCAGAAGAGGUCACAUCCAGCACCGCCUAUACCCCGACGGCGUCACCACCACCAUACCCAACGUCCUCGGGCGCCGGCCUCCCCCCCAUAUACUCCACCGGCCAGGUCCCGACACCCUCGACCCUGGUCACCAGUACUAG